AAGGUAAAAAGUGAGCCACCCCUCUUCUUCUUCUUCUUCUUCCUCUCACCCAUUUGGUGAUGGCUUUUGAAAGAUUUUGCAAUUUCAUGCCAUGAAGUCAAUAUAAUUAUAUACUAUAUGAUUAGAACAAAAAGAAAGAAUACGAUGAUGACGCAUGCUAAUGGAACCAAGGAAUUAAAAAAAAAAAUAUGCUUCUGUCACAGCAUGUUUUUUUCUCUCUAAAUGUGUAUGAUACUGUUGAGAAAGUGCUUUUAAUAAUUUAGCAAGAACGAGACGCCCACAUGUAAAAUGCAAUCUCUCUCCCUCUCUCCCUCUCUGUAUGGCUUAUAUAAGGACUUCACCAUUUUCAAUGCUCUUUUGAUUCAGAGAGAGAGAGAGAGAGAGAGAGAGAGAGAGAGAGAUAUGGAGAAGAGAGAAGGAAAGUGUAGAGUGAAGAGAGGCUUGUGGAAGCCAGAAGAAGACCUGAUCUUGAGAAGCUAUGUUGAGGCAUUUGGAGAAGGAAACUGGGCAGAUAUCUCCCGGAGAACCGGUCUGAUCCCCUCCCCCAAAAAAAAAACUUUUUUUUUCUUUUACCGACCAGACUUCACCGGAAAUCUAACGGCUCUCCAUAACCAAUUCCCAAUUGUUUCAGGGCUGAAGCGAGGCGGUAAAAGUUGCAGACUGAGAUGGAAGAACUAUCUCCGACCAAACAUCAAACGAGGAGGCAUGUCCCCCGAGGAGGAAGACCUUAUCAUCCGUAUGCAUAAGCUUCUCGGCAACCGGUGGUCCUUGAUCGCGGGUCGGCUUCCUGGUCGUACGGACAACGAGGUGAAGAACUACUGGAAUACCCAUUUGAACAAGAAAUCCGAAUCAAGCAAGCGAAAAGCCGAUGAAUCGGGAGGUAAGACUCAGGGCAUUGAUACCGACACCAAGAACAAGCAAUGUGCAUCACCCAGCUUGAUGGCAUCUAAAGGAGUGAUGGGCCAAGGACGGGAAGAAGCCAACGGGGAAAAGCGAGAAGAUAGCAUCGUGACGAGCAGUACCUGGACGGAAGGGAUGAACGGAUUUGGCUAUGGCAUAGCGUCCCCAUUGCCGUUUCCCGACUACGAAACCUCUGUUUUCGACGAUCCCCAGUCUUCAUUUGCAUUUGCCGACAUGUUCCCAUUGCUUUAGGACUCUCUCUCUCUUAUUGGAGGGAUGAAUUCUUCCAUAGACUAUGCCCGUCGUGCAAAGUAAUUUCACGACGGUUUUUCCAUCGUUGCAUUCGAUGCUUUAAUCUAUGAGGGAGUAAAACACGAUGGACGUAGUCUAGACAAGAAUUUAAUCAGUCGAAGUAAUAAGUUUCCAGCUGUUUCCGCCUA